UCCGAUCCUCCCCUCUCUUCCCGCGCCGCUCUCCGCCCCGGCCACUACUCCAUACGCUCUGUCUCGUGGCACGGCCGGAGAGCCAGCCAGCAACACGGGGCCCGCCAGUUACGCAACAAUAACAACGCCGUGAGGAGGUGUGUAGCGUCGCGCGGCUACGACACCGCAACGCGACACGAUCCGUGGACGUGAGGAUUAUUAUGGUGCGCGUAUAUGUGGCGGAUACUCACUUGUUGAUGUGAGGUGGAAGAAAAGCGGAGGAAAAAUCGCGUACCGGACUUUUCGAAAUCGUCGUUUCGAACAAUCGAGGACACAUGCGCCGGGAGUGACCUGAAAUCGCGCGGAGAAAGGUUGCGCCAAAAAUUUCGAUCGCGAUCGGAAGCGGAGAAACGUCACUUCUCGUCGAAAACAAUCGGAAAAUCUUCCGAAAAGAAAAGAAAUCGAGGAAAGGAUCCGCCGAUGUCACCUACGACGGAAUCUUAAACCGGAACUCUCGCUCACCCCGGAUCGGAUCGAUGAAUGGAUCAUCGGUUGAGGAAGAGCGAUCAAACGUCAAACGAGCCGCUCGAAUAACAAGAGACUCCGUAUUUCGCCGAUACAUAUAUAUAUAAAAGAUCAGCGGUAACGAGGUCGCCGCAUCAUCGUGUCGAUAGAUCAACCGGAGGAGAGAGAGAGAGAGAGAGACUCUCUCCCUCCCCUCGACGACGCGUUUAGGCGCCAAUGACGUCACCGGACGAGUGAGGCCGCCGCCGGGGGAAUUCGCGGUCGGAGUUUCGCGCCGCGGUGCGUUUACGCACCGACACGACACGACGUUAUAAACCGAGAGAGAAAGAGAGAUCGCCGACGAUGAUAAUAGUCGCGGCGCGCGAUGGUAGUGGUGACCACGCGGUAGUCGCGGUGUGACAGUGUGCGCGCGCGCGCGUGUGUGUGUGUGCGCGCGAGUGCAGUUUGCUGGCACUCGCGGUGGGGAUAAGGAGAUCUCCCGUGGAAUCGCGGCGGCAGCGAUUACACACUUUUCUAUAUACGUAUGUCGACGGGCAAUGACUAACGUCGAUUCGGAGCUGUCAUCCGCGCCGGUCUACGUCAGCACCGGUCGAUUUGCAUAGCAAACAGAUUGUCGCGCUCGUAGUAAGUGGAUAACGAGAAGAAGAAGAAGAAGAAGAAGAAGCAGCGCUGUGUGUCUCUCUCUUCUCUCUCCCUCUUCUCUCGUCUGUGCAUCGUCCGUACGUGGGUGAGUGUGCGAAUAUCGCUCCGUAUAAACACACAUACGACUGGUGCGCCAGGAGGGAGAGAUAGAGGAUACGACGCGGACGAGGCAAGUGCGAAGCUUAAAAUAGAAGAGUGACUUCGGUUUAAGUGCGCGGCGGGUGACAAGCGGAGGACAAGCGAGUGAAACGAAUCGGAGAGGGUGUCUGUGAUACGUUUCUUUGCGCGGGUGAAAGAGAACGAGAGGUAGAAAAAUCUGUAUGCAUAAAUAAAUUUUGAAAUUAAAAAAAAAAUAUAUAUACAUCUCGGUGAAGUGCGUGUCUGUAUGUGUGAGAAUCUCUGCGGUGCGUAUUGUGGUGGUGAACCGCGGGAGAGGAUAUCAUCGUGUCUCUCGAUUUUUUCCGGCCGAAAAGGAGAAGAAUUCGCGGCGAUUCUCGAGGAGGAGGCGUCGUCGUCGUCGUCGUCGUCGUCUCGCUCUCUGUCCCACGCGAUGGAUCGUGACUCGCGUUCGUAUUCCUGCGGAGGCUGCGAGAGGACCGCCGCCGAGCUAUGCCGAUGGAGUAACAAGUGAGCGGCGAAGCGGCGUUGCCAUGACGACAGAGACCCACACUGUGGCGAUGACAGACCCACAGUUGACCAACAACAACAAUAACAACAACAAUAACAACAACAACAACGAUGGCGAGCCAAAGUACCUGCACAAGAAGUUCAAAAAGAUGGCGACGACCGAAAUCGCGCCGAAGGUCGUCGAGUCCAAGAAGGAGACCACGGCGAACAACAUCGUUCUCGCCGAGACGCUCAAGCGGAAGGACGUCGACAAGGACGGUAAGGAGUCCCCGAAAGAAUCCGGCAACAAGCUCGAGGUUUCCCCGGAACCUGAGGGGACCGAACCUAUCGCCGAGUCUCGGAAGAGUGGCCACACGUGCCCUUACUGCAAGCUGACAUGCGCCAAGCCGAGUGUCCUUCAAAAGCACAUCAGGGCGCACACGAACGAGCGGCCGUACCCGUGCAAGCCGUGCGGAUUCGCUUUCAAAACCAAAUCGAAUCUGUACAAGCAUUGCAGGUCGCGCUCUCAUGCGCAUAAGAUAGAAAAAAGCGACAAGAUGUCUGAAGAUUCAGAUAUAAGCCUGUCAGACAGCGCUAGUAAUGGCACUGGUACGCCACCUCCGCCUCCCGUUUCGAUGCCCGCGACGACGACGACGACGACGACAGCGUCCACUGCGAUCAAGAUCGUAAAAACCGGCAAAAUAUACAAGCCGAAGUUCCAAGCUCGAACGGCCCUACAGAGUGUCAACAGCGACACGGAGACGUCUUCUUUAUCUCCCAGUUCUUCCAGUAGUUCUUCCUCCUUCUCCUCCGUAACUACUUCCGUUCCUAAUUCCGCCAAACCGAACGCGGAACAGUUGCAGGAACACAUCGACAAGAUCAUCACGGACAACCAGGCGAUUGUCGACGCGGUGGAUCCACGUCUGCAUAAACUGAUGCAGCGCCAGCAGAGCCUAGUGGAGACGAAACAAUCAUACGAGCAACAACCGUUGAAUUUGUCUUCCACGGAGGAAACCUUGAGCAGCAGAAAGCGAUGCUACAGCGACAGCUGCGCGCAGGAAGCGAAAGAAGGCGCGCACAACUCCGAGAGUUCGAUCAUCAAAGAUCUCCUUCUGAAAACUCGUGAUUUCGCGAACGGAUCGAUACCGGAGAUUGCAUUGGAAAAUUUCGUCUGUCCUACUUGCAAUAUUCCCUACACCAGCAUAGACAACCUAGAGACUCAUCGUAAAUAUUAUUGCAAGGGUAGUCCUCGAAGAGGAACGGACUAUCAGAUAGAGCUGGAGAAACGAGACUCCGACUUUGAUUCCAAGUCUUCCGAUUAUUAUGGCAUUUUGCAACCUCUACCAUCACCAGGUCCUUUACUGGGCAAUACUAGACUGGUCGAUGCGUAUGUUCCGCCCUUCAAGAAGCAGAGAACGGAGUCUGUGCCGACUAGCUUAAGAUCGCUGGAAGAACUCAGUAAAUACCCACGUCCGAACUCGCUACAGAUGUUCGGCGGCGAGGUGAGGAUCCUGGAUAACCAGGGCGAGGUAACGAAAACGAUGAGGAUCGAGCCGCGUCAGACCAAGUCGCCCACGAGCGAGCACAUAGUCAAUGCCAAGUGCGUGACCUCGGAAACGGCGUCGAUAGUGGUGAGGUCAGGACUUCAUUCCGGUGGUACCAUGCUGCACAAGUCGUCGAGCAUACCGGCCAGUACGCCUACUCCCUCCAUAUCCCUGUCCAACACGCCUAACAUGGCGUCCAUCAUGCCGAACAUAUCAGCUCCAAAUUUAACGCCUACUAUGUCUUGCUAUAAUUAUUUAGAGCCGCAUCUCAAUCCGCUGACGAAUAUCACUGCCUACAAUCCGUUGACCUUGCCGCAAACCGGCAUCACGAGCAUUCUCCACGGCGACAAAGUCAUACGUUACGUGCCUGGUAUUCCCGGACCGGAUACUCUGACCGGUACGCCGACCAUAGACAUAUCUCCGAGUAUAACGGCCGGUGAAAGCGGCUACAAGGUGAUACCGGGUGUACCGGGCUUGCACAUGGUACAUCAGCCGUUGGAUCUAGCUAAUCCUGUGAGGGUGCAACCUAAUACGGUGCAGUGCGGCAUGGCCGAGUGUAGUGUAGAAAUGUUUCCGUUGCCUGGACACACUUCUUCUUUGGACCAGCCUCUGGACUUGGCCAGUCCGGCGAAGGAGUCGGCAAAGAUCAGCUUUAAAACUCCCAGCGUCGACAGUCUGAAGAACGGUUUGACCAGUCCUAAAGUUCCUAGCGUCAAGGUCGAGACCUCGACGGACAAGCAUCGCGUGAAAAUAAUGACGAUGCCCAUGAACAAAGCGGAGCUAGAUCGUCAUAUCAAGAAUAACGUGACCGUGAAGUACAAAGGUAUGGAAAGUCCGCGAGACAGGAGAGAAUUUACGUAUGAUAAAAGUCCGAAGUUAGAUAAAGCUUUUAGUUAUCCGAAUGGCGUGGAUCCAGCGACUUCGUCGAGUUCUUACAGUAAAUUGAAAUACACGACUAAGGUCGUUUCGGAAAAUAAGAAGAAGUUUUCCAACUGGGGCGUCAAUGAGAUAGAUGCCGGCAGAGUAGCACCUGUAGAGACGCAUGUCGCGAUUUCCAAAUACGAUCUAUCAUCUCACGAGAACGGUCGAUUGAAGAACAACGUCUCUUCAGAUGUACAUGGAUGGACGUCCAAGGUUGUGGAUAAUUAUAUGUUCAACGGAGCCAAAGCAAAGGCAGACAACGCGCCGUCGGUGAUACUUGUGAACUUAGAUUCUUCCAAAACAGAAGUGCCAACGAAAACUUCCGCAGAGAUAGUUGUUAAAGACAAGCAGCCCGAGGCGAAAUCGCCAAAGAGCGGCGGUGAUGUCGCUAAGGAAGCGACUAACUCCAACAAGUUCUUGAGACCUACGUCCUUGCCGCUGAAGCCCGGCACUUUCACGCCGAAGAAGCAUCACGGGAUUACGCCUACGGCGAACACCCUUCCUCUUAUCAGUCCGGAGACACCUCGACCGAAAAAGUCAUACGGACAAUUGUAUCUGAACGGACACGCCUACACAUAUCUAGGAUUAAAGUGUUCCACCAGAGUGUUCUAUUGCACCCUGAAUAGACCGCAGCCGAUGUAUGUCACACAGCAGCACGGUCUAUCAAUGUACUCGAAUUGGAAAAGUAAGGAGGCACCCCUGGACGUGGACAUGGCGCACUACGACUCCCGGCACAGACCUCUUAAUUACACCACCGCGUGGAAAAAGCAAGAAGAUAUUCUGACGCACUCCUCGCAAAGACCAACCACUCCUACCAGUCCAGACAGCGGAUUGGAGAGUGAUAUGCAGGAAAAAGCGAAGAGGGUCAAGAUAUUUGACGGAGGCUUCGAGAGUAAUGAAGAUUAUACUUAUGUACGCGGAAGAGGUCGAGGACGCUACGUCUGCGAAGAAUGUGGUAUUCGUUGUAAGAAACCGUCUAUGCUAAAGAAACAUAUCAGAACACAUACAGAUGUUAGACCAUAUACCUGCAAGCACUGUACAUUUAGUUUCAAAACAAAAGGCAACCUCACGAAGCAUAUGAAAUCCAAGGCUCAUUACAAAAAGUGCGUGGAAUUUGGCGUGGUACCGGUUCCCACGACUGUCUGCGACGACAAUAUUGACAAGGAAGCCAUUGCGCGAUUAGCGGCCGGUGGCGGUAACACGGAAGAAUCCUCGGAAGAGGAAGAAGAGAGCGAGGGCGAGGAAAGCGAAGAGUCCGGUAGCGAGGAACAAGAAGCUGCACAAAGUCUACUGUGUCUUUCGCAGCAUAACGCAACGAAUAGAUUACCGGGUUUGCUGCCGUCCGGCAGACCUACGACAUAUCCGUACACGUUAACCCAACCGACGACCUCCACGGUGGACAUCGUAUCUACCGCGACGAGUACAACGAUCGUGAGCAGCCAAAGCAUCGCCGCGCAAGAGACGGCUUUAAUACAAAACGAAUUAUCGCCACGUUACUAUUUCCCAUCGAGCCGCGAUGCUACGGAAGAGACGAGGAUGAGUGUUAUUCAGUCAUCGAAGAAAGAUGAUUCCGACUUGGAAGUUGAAGAGAUCACCGAUGUCACAGAGUCGCGUCAUCAACUUUCCCAGCCCAUGGAUCUUACGACGAAGCAGACGACUCAACUGUUGCACUCGCCGAUCUCGCCAAGGACCAGACCAACGGACAUACUGACUCCUGUUUCAGAACCGGUCCUAUUGCAGACAAUAGUCCAGACGAUGGAGCGAUUGCCCAUACAGGGAAGAGAAUGGAAGCCGAACGCGGAAAGUCAUAUGUUGCAAGCGUAUCUCACGGAGAGACACAUGAUGGACAGUAAAAUGAAGCAACAGUAUCGCGUGGGAAACACCAAGUUAGACAACAAACAAAUGCAAGAAAAAGAUAUUUAUCCGCGACAUCAGGAUCUCAAUAGGUCCAGGCACAUGGAUUCCAACAGCAUUCCAUCAGUGACGUACACCGAUUCCAGCAAAAUGCAGUACACUGCUGUAUCUAGAAUUAAGCACAUGACAAAGCAUACUACUGACGAUAUUAAGAUGGAAAUCAGAGAGAAAAUUUAUUUCAACAAUAUGGCAAUGGAGAGACGAACGAUGUUAGACUACGAGACAAUUCACAAAGAUAAGGAACAAACUAAUCGUCUGGUUUCUGAUCGUGAAAAUUUCGAGCUUGGUCUAACUAACGGUCCCACUGGUGCAAGGUCAAGUAUCGAAUAUGGUCUACCUAUGAGCAAAACUAACAGCUCGAUGGAGAGAUCGAUUUGUCCUACUACACCUAUUCGCAGUACACCAAGUAUCGACUGCCACUCACCGAAAUCUUUGAGUAUAGACAAUCGACAACCAUUGAUGCAACACACGAACAACGAGAUUGACAGAAGCUCCAUGUUCAACGCGAUGAAAAUGAUGAGCGAGGUGGAAAGGUCGAGAGAAUGUCAUACUGUCAAUCAGGAAAUGAGGCCCGCGAAUCACGAGAUAAGACUGGCGAGCAGCGACAGUCGAAUGCAGAGUCCCCGGAAUCUCGAUCUAAGACCACCCAGCAGAGAGAUCAGAACGCCCGGUCAAGAGUACAGAACGCAAAACCACGCUGAACUGAGACUCGCGAGUCAGCAGGAAUACAAAAUGCGCGGUCAAGAGUUAAGAUCGCCUAGUCGCGAAUACAAACCGUCGUUCGCUCACGAUGUGCAAGUCAUUAUAAAUCAGGAACUUCUGCCCUCGACGAACAUGGAAAUGCGGCAAACAAAUUCAGAUAAUAGGCCAUCGAGCAGCGAGAUGAGAACUCUUUUGGAGUAUAGAGCGCAGCCACAAGAUCCCCGUGCCAGCUACGAGAUAAUGCAAUCGCCUAUGCACGAAUCGCCCAAGUCGCAGAACGUCGACGUGAGAAAUGCAUCGCCCCAGGAAGCACAAAUCAUGUACUACGACGGGAAACAGACCGCGGAUACCGUUAAACAAAACACACCGGAUAGUAUGAAACGGACAGCAGUCAGAAAGAUAGUCGUCGGUGGACCAGAUUUUCGAUCACCGUCACCGAAUACGGGAAAUCCGAAACCGCAAGCAGAAUUUUUACAACCGUCGAGUGGGCCGGCGCCUAACUUCGUUAGUUUGACAGAUGAUGGUAGGAGUGUAUGUGGAAUUUGUAACAAGGUGUUCAACAGGCCUAGUCAGUUACGGUUGCAUAUCAAUAUUCAUUAUUUUGAGCGGCCAUUCAGAUGCGAAAGUUGUGCAGUUUCCUUCCGGACUAAGGGCCAUUUAACGAAACACGAGAGAUCCGUUUCUCAUCAUAAUAAGGUCAGUAUGACUUCUACAUUUGGUGCAGCGACUAUCCACAAUCCCAGGCCUUUCAAAUGUACAGAUUGUAAAAUAGCGUUCAGAAUACACGGACAUUUGGCUAAGCACCUUCGUAGCAAGAUGCAUAUUAUGAAAUUAGAAUGUUUGGGCAAAUUACCAUUUGGAACAUUUGCGGAAAUGGAAAGAUCUGGUGUCAACUUGAAUGACAUUGACACGACAGACUGUGAUAAUAGUCUUAAUAGUCUGCAGAUAUUGGCUCAGAGAUUAUGCGGGAAGGAUCCUGCUAAAAUCGCGCAAUGGGAUUCGGAAACUUUGCCCGCGCCGGUUGCGAGCGGUAGCGAGACCUCAUCGGACGAAGGUGAACCUAUACACGCGCUUCACGCACAAUAUAUGAAAGCGACGUCGGACGCGGAUGUUUCCCGAUCAUAUCAUGUGCCAAUGAUUACCGAAGAAUCGAAAGCCAUUAACGAUGCUCGCCUACGCAGUCCUCAGUUUCAUCAGCAAAGGCGCGAUUACGCUGUUAAAGAGCAACGAACAACCGUCGUCUCGAUGGAGGACACGAGAGCGGAGGACAAUUUACAAUCAUACAAGUGCCAAGUUUGCUCCGUAUCUAUGCGUACCAUAAACGAGUUACAGGUACACCGUUUUGUUGAACAUAAUAUUGAAACAGAUUCUAGUACAAAUAUCCACGGAGAUAGAAGUGCGGGUAGGGAAAAAGAGAAUACUCAGAAAAGAAUCGCAGAAGAAUCUGCAGCGAAGGAAGAUCACAGUAAGACUAGAAGACUAGAAGAUACGUAGUGCCAAAAUGAUGUAGCAUGCUGAAGAAUUUGUUAGGAUGUGUUGCACACUUCGAGAAUAUUUGGUUUUAAGAUAAUGUAUCAUACACAAAACGCAUCACAGAUAUCUUACAGAGAAAAGUCCCGCGCGAUGCAUCUUUUUAAAAAAAUCUCAUCAAAUGAUACAGUGUUUUAUGUUUGGUACAAUGUUUUAUGAAACAUUUCUUGAAAAUAUUAACGCAUGUUGAACGCUUGCGAAAAUUUAGACGAAUUGCGCGUUGUUUGUAAUUAAAGAGUCGUGUGUUAAUAUAAAUUUGCAAUUUUACGUUACCAGAGUAUAUCGAAAAUUUCUGAGGAUUUUACAAAAUUGAUCAGAGAAAAGUAUAAAAGACAUGGACAUAAAGAUAUCGCGUGUUAAUGUGUAACAAGAUAAAUUAAGAAGCACUCUCUCGAUCAUGUUUCUUCUACUACAGGUAUCGGUUCAUUUAUAAAAUUGCCUGUAUUGAAAACAGCGACAUAAUCGCUUGUACAGUCCUCCUCUAAGACUUUACACUCUUUCUCACAAAACCGACACGGUAUAUCGAGUAAGUAAAAAGAAAAAAAAAACGUAGCUCGAGAAUAUCUGAUAAUAAUUAUAAUAUUUAUACACAAUAGUCUAAUAAUCUCUUGUAGCAAGCAUGACGUGCAAUGAACUAGCAUGUGAUUCUGUAUUUAAAGUGCAAAUGUUGCUUUCAACAUAUUGAAGAGUAUUCUAAUAUUACACUUUAAAUUGAUAUGAAGCUUAUACACACAUAUAUUAUAUAUUUGUAUCAUAGUAUGAACAACUAUGAGAGAGUUAUUGUUGAUAUAAGAGGAAAUGUGUUUGUAUAUAUUUAUGUAUAAUAUAAUGUGAGAAAUCAUGUUAGUUUCUAUUAUAGUUUUAAGAAAUCAGUAAUCAGAAAUUGCAUCGGUUGCUCAGAUUACUUAUAAAAUAAGAGUUUUUAUUAAACGAGUCAAAUUUUUUAGUUUCUAUGUUUUGAAAAACUUUCAUAUAGGUGAAUUGAAUAUGUAACAAGUGUCCACUUUGAUCAGAGACAUUGCUAGAUAUUUACUUAUCUACAUCUAUGUCUGAUAUUAGUUUAAAUCUUAAUCGAUCAUACUCAUAUGCUCUGAGGGACCGAUUUGCUGAUUCUGCUUAAGACAUUUAAGAAGCCAGAUACCUUCCAUGAGCGACAGCUACCGUAUCUUAUAAUUAACUGUCUAUCUCUCUGUAAUGCUGUACGCAAGUUUUGAUAUCUCACUCAAGCACGAUAAUGUCUUUCCUAUACCGCAUAAUCAGACACCGGUUAUCAUAAUUUGUACCUAGAUGUGCUUGAGCUAAGAUAAUAGAGAUACGGAUAUAUGAAAUGACUGCACAAUUGUAUACAAUGAGGUCCAGUCCGAGUGAUUGUCACUAAACGAUAUCAAUGUAGCAUAGUCCUAACAUAGCAUUUUGGAUGUAUAUCUAUUAUAUAUAUAUAUCUAUAUAUAUAUAUAAUUCUGUCGAUCCAACCGCAAAACUACAUACGAGCUUCCAAGAUGUGUACAUGUGUUCUGUGUACCCAAUAUGCCAAGCCAACAAUUUGCGUUUGAAGAGAUCAGCGAAGAGAAUGAUACGUCAGAGUUGACUUUCAAUAUAUAACGUGAUUUUUUCAUAUAAAAUGCGAUACUUUGCAAAUACGUGUCUCUCUUGACUAUAUUUGCCUGUAUAACUUACAUGUGAUUUUGAAAGAAUGUACUUUUUGCCAAAUUAUAGGACUCAUAUUCUCAAUAUAUUUUCGAAACGUAGUCGUCCAUAGAAAUAUCAGGUAUUUUCAAACGUAUACAUAUCAUAUCCACUGAUCUCUCGAUAUUAACCGAGAGAAUGGCUAUGCGUUUUAUCAUUUGAUCAAAUCGAAUGUUGCACAAGUACAACUUAUAUCAGAUUUACUUGAUAAUGGACUUACUACUUUUCGUGCGUCCGGUAAUCCAAGGUCAAGAUCCUCCGCAGACGGGAAUAAAUAGUAUAUCCUCUUUAAA